UCUCCACCAUUUCCUUUGCUGCUAUACUUUUUUUUAUUUAUGCAGACAGCCUAAUGUCUAAUCUUUCCAUUAACACUGCAAAUAUUAAGACUGGUGAGGUUCUCCCAUCUCCUCAGACGACGACGAAUCAACUUGUUGAAGGAGAAGGACAAGUUGCCACGAGUAUAAAUAGCGUGCCAGGGGCUACAGAUACCAACCCGGAAAGAAAGAUUGAAGAAGAAACUGAGAAUGAAGAUCCUUUAAUUCCUCCUUUCAAAGCCUCGGUAGAUGAAAGAAUGGAAUGGUUCAGGAGAAAACUACCCGAACUUGCAAUUCUCCAAUCAAAUGAAUUAAGUGAGAAAUUCCAUGUUCGGGUUUUGGAGUUGUUCAACAACAAAUGUUCAGCUCAGUUCUUCAUGGUGUGGCUCUCAACAGCGCAGUCCUUUGGACCUAGAGAGUUCUUGGCAGUUGAUAGUCUGUUCAGCACCACACCUGAUGGAUGCUUGCUGAUUUUGUCGAGGUCCAUGGACACCCCAAAAGGGUACAGGAUACUGAAACCACUUCUUGAUCGUGGAUUUAACGUUCAAGCAGUCACACCAGACAUGCCCUUUCUAGUCAAGAAUACCCCAGCUGAAGCUUGGCUUGAUGACUUGAAGAAUGGGAAUAUGGACCCAGGUUCAAUUCCUUUAUUCAAUCAUCUUUCUGAUCUCAUCAGGCUAGCAGUUUUGUACAAGUAUGGAGGAGUUUACUUGGACACAGAUUUCGUUUUUUUGAAAGAUUUAUCAGGGUUGAGGAAUGCCAUUGGUGCACAAAGUAUCAAUCAAGUAACCAAAAAAUGGACCAGGUUAAAUGGUGCAGUUAUGAUCUUUGACAUCCACCAUCCUGUUUUGCUGGAAUUCUUAAAGGAAUAUGCCACAACUUUUAAUGGAAACAGAUGGGGACACAAUGGACCGUACUUGGUUUCCAGGGUCCUAGAGAGACUAGGAGACAACUCUGAAUAUAAUAUUACAAUUUUCCCGCCAAAGGCCUUUUAUCCUGUCGAUUGGAUUAAGAUAGCCAAACUUUUUAAGAAGCCAGAAACAGAGGCAGACUCAAAAUGGGCAGAUGAUACACUGGUUGACAUAACCAGCGAAAGCUAUGUUGUUCACUUGUGGAACAAGAGAAGCAAAGAAUUGAAGAUAGAGGAGGGAAGUGUCAUGGCAAGAUUGAUUGCAGAACACUGUAAUAUUUGCGAGAACAUAUACGAUCCUUGAAGAAAAUUUCCCCUCUAAUUAUUGGUUGAAACUGAACCAUCUAUCUGAAACCAUUUGCCCGACCAGGAGUAGCAAAUCUAGAAAAAAGGCUCUAUUUUUUAUGAACAAUUUCAUAUAAUAUACUUUGUUGCAUGAAUAAGUUACGACAUCAAGGGCCAGAAGCAAGUCUUCCAUCAAGUGUUAUAUUUUCUACCUAAUUUGUUUCUUUUAUUUUGUGUUUCCAAUGUAGAACCAAAACAAUUCUUUGAUUUGCUGAGAAGUUGUUAGGACAUACCUGUUGUAAAACAUGAUCUGCAUAUGAAAUUUAUUCGCUUCUUGUAUUAUUUUAUUUGUCAAAUACAAAUGAUAUUGCUUAAUUUAAUAAUAAUCCGUCCAUCACUCUGAGCAAAUCCAGAAUCCAAACAUUGAAAAGCUAGGGAGUAGCUCCAAAAACCCAAUUAGCAGUCUUCCAUAUCGCCAAAUUGCACCAAGCUCUUCUAGGCAAAAUAAUGCGAUAAGCCAACAAAGACAACAAAUCUAGCAAUUAUUCAAUCGUCCCAUCCCAUUCCAUGAGCAUGAAGAAAAUAUUUCACUGACUCUGCUUGUGGAAUAACCGCUAACCAGGCUUCUUUCCCA